AUGGGGGAGAAGAAGAAAGCGCGAGCCUCAAAGGAAGGCUCCCUAGCAGCAGCAGCAGCAACAGCAGCAGCAGCAGCAGCAGCAACAGACGACAGCAGCAGCGCGUCCCCAGGAAAGGGAGCAAAUAAGCAGCAGGAGCAGCAGCAGCAGCAGCAGGGACAGCAGCAGCAGCAGGAAGCAGAAGCUGCAUCAUUUGAAUCUUUGGGUUUAUGUCGCGAGAUUUGUGCAGCAGCAGCAGCAGCAAAGUGGCAGCGACCUACUGAAGUGCAGCAGAAAGUAAUUCCGUUGGUGCUGCAGCAGCUGCAGCGGCUGCGGGGUGUACAUACACUGCAGCAUCGCGAUUUAAUUGCUGUAGCAAAGACAGGGAGCGGCAAGACAGGUGCAUUUUUGCUGCCGCUGCUGCAGCAGCUAGUGCAGCACGGCAGCAGCAGCAGCAGAAUCAGCAGCAGCAGCAGCAGCAGCAGCAGCCCUUUUGCUGUUAUUUUAUCUCCAACGCGAGAGCUUGCGCUACAAGUGUUUGAUUGGGUUCAGGCUCUUACAGCAGCAGCAGCAGCAGCAGAAUCAACUGCAGCAGCAGCAGCAGCAGCAGCAGCAGCACUUCGCGGUUGCUGCUGCGCUCUUGUCGGAGAUAUGUUGUACUGGAUGAAGCGGAUAAACUUCUCAGCCCCGAAUACGCUAACGAGUUAA